AUGUUUAUCAAAAAUGCCGAAGAAUUAUCCGAGUGUAACAAUAAAAUAAACGAAGCAAAUCGUGGGUCAUAUGUAAGUAUUCUGUUAUUAUAUCGCGAUAAUGCUUACAAGUUUAAUCCAAAUAAUCAAUUUCAGAGACGUUGUAUGUCAUCAUUAAUUAAAGGACAACUCCAUAAAUCCCUUACCGAAAUUUUUUUCCGUAAAUUUAAUAGUUGCAUCAAAUAUAGAUGGUGUUCACGGCAAGCUUUAAUGGAUUCAAUUCGGGCUAACGGAGAGGAAUAUCCUGAAAAGGGGAUUAGAUAUGCCUUCAAAGUUUAAAAAAACGACAUUUUCAGUCAAUAUGUGUCAGCAAAAAGAAGGAAGCUUUAGUUAGUAACAAUUAGUCAAUAAUAAUUAUUAUUUACUAAAUUAACAGCGGGAAUUAAAAACAUUGUUUAUAUAAUAUAGAAUAGCUUAUAAUAUUAAAUAGAUGUAUAAUUUUUCAGAAUUUUACAAUACUUAAUAAACGCAUUAACAAA